CCAACUUCCUCAAACUUCAGACUGCCUCAGUUGUGCGGUUUGACAGCACACUUAGACCAACCCCUCAUAGGUGUUUUUGUAUUUGCUCCCCUUUGCUGUAAACGAAACCAUAGCAGCAGAUAAGGUGGUCAGCUUGCUAAUGGCAAGUUCGGAGACAAUAACCGGACAGAGGUAUGGACAACGGACACUAAAAGCAGGUGUGAGAAGGGCUGCGUUGUUCCUCGCGUUGUUUACCUGCAUGCUCAGGUGUUCAGAAUGUCAAAAACCGAGAAAUAUCGUCCUAAUACUAGCCGACGAUCAAGAUGUGGCACUUGGAGGAAUGACCCCAAUGAAGAAAACCAAGGCCCUAAUUGGAGACGCAGGUGUCACAUUCUUUAAUGCUUUUACUGCAACACCGUUGUGUUGUCCCAGCAGAAGCAGUAUUUUGACGGGUCAAUACCCUCAUAACCACGCAGUGAGAAACAACUCUCUGUCAGGUAACUGCUCCAGCCUUCUCUGGCAGAAAGGCCCAGAAAGUACAGCCUUCCCUCUCUACCUCAGCAAACAGCAAUACCAGACCUUCUUUGCUGGAAAGUAUCUCAACCAGUAUGGAAAGAAGGAAGCUGGAGAUGUUGGAUAUGUUCCACCUGGCUGGGACCAGUGGCACGCUCUGGUGGGGAACUCCCAGUACUACAACUACACACUCUCGGUCAACGGCAAAGAAGAAAUUCACGGAGACAACUAUGAAAAAGACUACCUCACAGACCUCAUAUUGAACAGGUCUCUCAACUUCCUGGAGAACAGGAGCCCACAGCGUCCAUUCUUCAUGAUGCUGUCCCCUCCAGCUCCCCACUCCCCCUGGACUGCGGCCCCCCAGUACCAGAAAUCCUUCAGUGACGUCAAGGCCCCCCGCGAUGGCAGCUUUGACAAAGCAGGAAAGGACAAGCACUGGCUGCUGCGCCAGCCCCUUAACCCUAUGCUCGGCAGCUCCAUGGACUUCCUGGAUAAUGCCUACAGGAAGAGGUGGCAGACUCUCUUAUCUGUUGAUGACAUGGUGGAAGCAGUCAUUAAUAAACUGGUGGAAUUAAAGGAAAUAAACAACACCUACAUCUUCUACACCUCGGACAAUGGCUACCACACCGGGCAGUUUUCUCUGCCCAUCGAUAAGAGACAGCUGUACGAAUUCGACAUCAGGAUCCCCCUCAUGGUCCGUGGACCAGACAUAAAACCACAACAGAUAGUGCAGGCCCCUGUGUUGAACAUUGACCUGGCUCCCACCCUGCUGGACAUCGCAGGUCUUAACCUGUCCCUUGUGAAUAUGGAUGGACAGUCUUUCCUCCCUCAGAUGGCGCCCACUCUGCGUAACGGUACUGCGCGCCCCUUCUUCCUGGUGGAGUACAAUGGAGAAGGGCACACCACCCCUGACCCCUCCUGUCCCAAACUGGGUCCUGGAUUGUCUCAAUGUUUCCCUGACUGUGUGUGUGAGGAUGCUUUCAAUAACACCUAUGCCUGUGUCAGGACUCUCGUUGGACACAACCUACAGUACUGCGAGUUUGCCGACAGUGAGUCAUUCGUUGAGGUGUAUAACCUGACUUCAGACCCUCACCAGCUGGAAAACAUUGUGAAGAAGGUCGACCCCACCCUUCUGCAGGCCAUGAACCAACGGCUAAUCAAGCUACAGUCAUGUGUGGGCGACAGCUGCCGAGAUACAAGUGAAGAACGAAUCAGGCGUUAGGGUGGGCGGGACCAUAGCUCUAAGCCUUGUACCAAAGUUAAAAGGUCAUUACAAUAAGUGGUAAUUGAUGUGUGUUUAGAGCCACUUUUAACACAUUUGUUUUAAUCUGAAUGAAUAGUAGGCACUGUGUCAUCUGAAUCUGCACAUAUUCUUCUUCUGGAUAGUGCUUAUAGUUCUUACCUAUGCUGAAAUCUUGCAUAUACUCAGACUAUCUGGGUACUAUGAAACUAUUUUGUAGGCAGCAAGUUGCACUAUAGGUUAUUGACAAUUAAAGAUUAGUAUGUUUUUGUAUAAUACAUUUGAAUACAGGGUAUGGAAGCCCAUUGGAGCCUUUACACAAGACAGAACCAACUGCAUUGUUAUUUUGUCAUUUCAUAAAGUGAGAAGGUAUACAACCCAAGGUUUACUAAUAUCAGUAUUGAGUUGCCACAGUAAUGGAAGUACUUUUUUCCAUUUGGGUAAGUUGGCCCAGAUCGAUGCUAAUAGGCAACUUCGGGUCAACCAUCUCCCUUCAUUGUUUCACCCUUGUUGAUGACAGAUUCACCCAUAAUUUAGAGCACUUUUACAAGAAAUGAGUGAGAUGUGAAAGUUGAAGCCUGUUCCUUUAGACUGUGAGCCCACAGAGGACUAAAUCCUGCUGUCUUGUGCCUUUUCAGUGUCUUGAGAGAGGGCCAACUAUUUAGUUGUCUUUUCCUCUUUGUUUAUCACAAAAAUCGUUAUCGGCAACUAUUCAAAAUGUUUUACAAGUACAAAUGAUUACAGUAAUUAAGUUGCCAUGAGAUCUUUUAAAAAUGACAGAAGGGAAGUUUGCAUCACUGCGGAGUAGACAUGUUUUUUGUGUGUGUGAAAGGAAUGUUGCCUAAUCAAAUGUGCAUAGAUAUUUAAGGUAAAUGUUCAUAUUGAAAAAUUUAAUAUGACGUGAUUCAGUCUGUGUGCCUUGUCUCUUUGCACUGAUACAGCUUAUGGCUUUAAUGGUGUAGUGCACUCAAAAAUGAAAGUUCAUGUGUUUUACCCUCAACUGAGGCAGGUGCAUUUUUGCUAGUUCUUGACUAAUUAUUGAGACCAAGAACUGUCAAGACUGAAGGUCGGGGUUAUACAUGUAUUUGAGUGAACUACUUAUUUUCAUGUGAAUGUGAAUCCCAUUGUGAGAAAUCAAUAAAUCGUAAGCAUUUAAA